AGCAAGACAUGAUGAGCACGAGUCGCUGGGACACCUGUUGCUCCGAUCGACCACAGCUUGAGAGAACAUUGACCACAGGCGAACAGCCAGAACAGCACCCCAUUGCCAAGGCGCAGCACUGACAACUGCAGCAAGGAGCACCACCAGCAAUUAUCCCGUACAUAAGAGCCAGGGGACUGCGACCAUCGACACCACACCCGCCGACGAGAUGCCUGCCGUAAGCGACGGCCCCCGCACCGGCUGUGGCGGCGGCGGUAAGGAGAGGGGGAGCGGCAGUGUCCGUGUCCGUCGUCGAAGACUUAGUUUCGACGGCGCUGUGGAUCGCGUCCCACGGUGGUGGGAGGCCGCCGGGGUGGAGGAGGAGCGAGGCGGCGCAAUCGGAGCCGCCGCUUCUGCCGUUUCUGCUGCUGCUGCUCAGCAGCGUAAGCGGGCGAACACGUGGUGCUCGUCGUCAGGCUCGACCAGGAGCGCGACAGGCGUAAGGAGGGCUUUGCUGUUGCGGACGGACGAAGAAGGAGAAGCGUCUUGCAGAGUUGACGGACGGGAGAACACGGAAGAAGCGGCAGCGACUUUUGUGAGGGUGGCGACGGAAGCAGCAGCAGCAGCAGCAGCAGCAGCAGCAGCAGCAGCAGCAGAAGGAGAAGAAGCAACGUCAACGGCGGCAUCAGGAGGAGGAGGAGCAGCAGCAGGAGAAGGAACGGCAUCCAUCCCUAUGGUCGCCAGUACUGCCAAGGAAAGCGACUGGGGGGUAGCAGCAGUUGCGGUACCCACAAUGGCGACGAGACCCGCGACCAUCGUCACCGGAGAGGCGGCAAGUGGCGAAGCAGCGACAGCGGCAGAAGAAGCCAUCGCGGCUAACCGUGAGGCCACCCCCCACUGCAGCGGCGGCGACCCGUGGGCGAGCAGCAAGAGGCAGCUGCCACUUCCUCUCCAGCCCCUCGCCGGAAGGUGCAAUUUCGAGGGCUGUGGCCAGAUAUCGGUGUUCCGGUGCAGGCGGUGCCGAGCGGCGUUCUACUGCAACCGAGACCACCAGCGGAGCGACUGGGCGUGGCACCGGCGGGUCUGUGACGAGGGAAAGGGCGAGCCCCCCCCCCCGCUCGCGCGGCUGGUCCUCCCGGCGCAGAGGCAGAAGGCGGUGGGCUGGGCCGACUCCACCAAGGUGGUACCGGCGGCGGCGGCGGCGGCGGCGGCGGCGGCGGACANCAGGGGGGGGGGGUGCUCCUCUCCCGCAUGGGAAGGAGGCAGCGCCGGCGGAAGCGGUGCGAAGGGCAGUGGUCGUGUCGAAGGCGUCAGGCACGGUGGCGGUGGUGCUUUUGGUUCGGGCGCGAACAGCGCGGCGUUUCGGGAGAACCGGUCCCGCUUGGAGGCCGCAAUGGCGUCGGCGGCUCACUCGCCAGCAGCGGCGAUCGACGGCGGUGGCGGCGGCGGUUUCGACCCCACCCACAUAGCGGCGGCGGUGGCGGCGGCGCCCACGACGUCGGCAUCGGCGUUGAUAUCUCCCGAGUUCGCGUCGGACGACGUGGACAUGCUCGCGGAGAUGGGGUUCGACAGGGCGCGGGUGGUGCUCGCGCUGAAGGCCUGCAGCGGCAGCGUCGAGCGCGCGGCCGAGUGGCUUCUGACCUGGGACGGUGACGAUGACGAUGGCGGUGGUGGUGUUCCCGGGAGCGGCGGGAUGGUGCACGGGCCGCACUUGCCCGGCGGCGGCGCCCUUGCGGGAGGGCAAGACGGCGACGGAGGAGGGAUGGGGUGGCUGGGCGGCGGCACCGAGCUGAGCAAGAUUGUUAGGGAGGGUGGGGGCGGGGGCGGGGGUGACGCCUGGGGGCGGAGCGGUGGCGGCGGCGGCGGCGGCGGCGGCGGGGGAAACGAUGGCGACGAUGAUGAUCUUAUCACUACGGCCGACGCGUCCGAUGUGGGGCAAGGGCUCGACAUGCGGGACUUCUGGAGCAACGAUAAUGCCAGCGGUGCCAAGAAUGGUCUAGGCGGCGGCGGCGGGGCGUGGGGGGCUGCGGCUGCUGCUGCUGCUACUGCUGCUGCUGCGGAGGGGGGGGGAGACGGCGGAGUGCUGUCUGGGGAAGUCGGUGGGGGGGGCUCCGGUGCGAGAAAGCCCGCCGUGGAUGAUGAUGACGACCUCGUGACAAGCUACGAAGAUACAGCUGGGGGAGUGCUGGCCGACGUCGUCAUCCUGUUUCGAUCCGCCACGUCCGCCUCCGCGCCCGGAGCGAAGCUUCCAGAGGCGGCCGCGGGCGCAGCCCGCGAGGAGGAAGCUGUUGGUGGAAAGAAGGAGGAGGAGGAGGAGGAGGGGGGGGAGGGGGAAGGGGAAGGAGUCUUGACAGUGGUGGAGACCGCCGAGGCGCUCCGCGCCGCGUCGUGGACGGCGGCGGGGGCGGCAGGGGCGGCGGUAGGGAUCGAGGGCGGCGACGGCGACCUCAGGAGCAUUGGCGGCGGCAGCGUCGGAAGCGGCGGCGGCGGCGGCCAAGAAGAGGGACUCUCGGCGGCUGCUGCUUCUGCUGCUGCUGCGCCUCCGAGCGACAGCCACUUCCAAGCGCCCGCCGCCGCCGUCGCCGCCCCGCCGUCGCUGUCGUCGCAGUCCUACGGCGGUGGCGAUGCUGGAAGCCCCCCCUCCUGGGGCGAGAAGAAGAAGGUUGGUGGGGUGAUCGUCGGCAUGUUGGAGCGCCGGGUCGACGGCGGAUACCAGAUCUUCUCUCCAGAGAUUGAGCGAGAUUCUCCCAUCGCCGCCCAGCGUGGCGUCGUAGCACGCACAUACGAGCGCCCACGCGGCCGCUCUUUGCCCAAGUGGGACCGAAGCGACGACGCUGUGUCCACGAGGCCGCUGCCGCCGCCGCCGCCCCGACCGGCCUCAAAGCUGGGUUUGGUGGGAAGCGGGUUUUCGCACCAGCCGUGGAAUUGCCCGGCGUGCACGUACCUGAACGAGGACCCCGCGUUUCGCGCCGCCUGCGAGAUCUGUAACACCCCCCGCCCGAGCGCCGCCGCCGCCACCGCCGCCGGCGAGCAGCGGCACGAUGAUUGGGACGACAACAUGGUCCUGAAAAGCUGCGGCAGCGGCGGCGGCUCGAGGGGAGGAGGGAUACCGGCGAUGGCGAGCGCAAUGAUGUCUUCGUUUACGCCGGCAGCGCCACCGGCGGUGGCGACGGGGGGAGGGCCAACGGCGUUCGCCUCUUCCGUUGCCGCUGGCGCCGGCGCCGUGGCACCACCGCCUCAGAUCGAAGCGUGCAUCCCCAGCGGUUUUUCUGUCGGCGGCGGCGAAGCGGGCGGCCUUCCAGUAGGCGGGAUCGAGGUUGAGGAUAACGAGGUAGAUGGGAUUCUGGGAGGCAUUUCUCCAGGGGGCGGAGCUUUCCCGGUCGUUUCUAGCACCGAUCAGGCCGAGAGCAGGCAUUGCGGUAGUGCGACCGCUGCUUCCGCCGCCGCCCUGGGCGGGAGUUGGGAAGCGGGGGACGAGUGGCAAGGAUUCGGGAGCGGGUCGUUCGGGCAGGAGUCCCCCGUCAAAUGCUCUCCUCGCCAACCCGCGACGGCGUUUGAGUUUUCGUUUAGAAAUUCGGAGGCUGGCGGCGGCGGUGUCGACGAUGGUGCUGGUGAUGGAAAUGAUGGCAGAGGAGUUGACAACGUGGAGUUUGGUAGAGAAGGGUGCGCACCGUGAGGCAAGACCCGCCGCGUCUGUUUCCGCCUGUUUUGUGCCUGCCCCAGGUUUGCUGUUUUUCCUGCCGUGCAAAGCUGGUGAGAACUUGGACCAAUCUUUCGUCGAUGCGCGGGUUUGUUCUCAAUAUCUCAAUGUCUCUUUGUGGAUGGUUUCGUGGGAGUAACGAGUCAGUGAGUGCAUGCAUGUGUUGUAAUAGGAGUUUUUCUGUUGAGGUAUUUUGAUCUUAUUGGUGUAGACUUAUACAUACGUGCAAGGGCCUGUGCGCUCUUUCUUGAUUGUGUGUAUUUCGACCCUAGAGCGUGGUUUGGUCGGGUACGUGUAGAUUACCCUAGAGUUUGGUAUUACCAGUAGACCGACCGCUUCUAGAAUUUUCGGUACGCUGCUGAGGUCGAAGCCAUGUAGAUUCUCAAAGAAGUCACAGCAUGAGCGAUCACACUUUGUUUCGGAGAGGUUGAGGCCUUGCAGGUUCUCAAAGAAGUAAAAGUAGGAGCGGCCACACUUUCAUUCGGGGGUUUCUUACCGUUUUUGCCAAUCCUCCAUGGCGGAAGAAGUCACAUCGCCCCCUCCGUCUAAAAUAUAUGCGUCUGAGUUGUCACCACCUCCUUAACAAUGUUCAAAGCUUUGAUGGUAUCGAAGUAUCGUCGAUGGUUGUC